AUGAGACAGGGGAGGGGUUCGGUUUCGAGUUUACUCCUGAAACACUGGCCAAGCCCCUCGCUGUGGGUUCUAGCGUACUCUUUGCUUUGGGAAUGCUAG